AAUAAGAAAUAUGGAAAGGAAAAGAAUCUCUCACCAAAACACAGCAGCAGAUACAAUGGAGCCUAGACAGAAAAUCCACAAGGAAAAAAUCAACUACAAACCGCAUUGCUGAAAUUUACUGUAAUGGGGAAGGCAGAAGAUGAGCAGCCUUUGCCUAGUACAACUCUUGAUGCUCGAAGUGCAACUCCAGAUGCAGGGAACAGUAAUGGGUGCUGCUUGGGUGGCAGGAAGGUUGUCACUCUCAGAUGUAUAUUUGUUUUGGUGCUCGGUGUAGCAGUACUUCUAUCUUCUGUUUUUUGGCUUCCAUUCUUCCACUUUCGGGGUCAAAACGAUCUGGAUCGGGAUUAUCCAGGUCGUGAUAUAGUGGCAAGUUUUAUUAUUAUGAAGCCAGCUUCUUUUCUUGACAACUAUGUCAUACAACUCGAAAAUGAUAUUUUUGAAGAAAUAAGUUUCCCCAUGACAAAAGUGGAAAUAAUACAUUUAGCACCAGCUGGAUCAAACACAACAAAUGUUGUAUUUGCAGUUGAAUCUGAUGCAACAACCCGCAGUUUAAUUAGAGCUUCUUUUGUCUCUUUGGUUACACGUAUAUCAUACCUGCAUUUGACUCCAUCCUUGUUUGGGGAUCCUUCUUUUUUUGAGGUUCUGAAGUUUAAAGGAGGGAUUACUACCAGUCCUGAUCAGAAGGCAUUCCUUAUGCAGAAAGUACAGAUCCGUUUCAACUUCACUUUGGACUUUUCCAUCGAUCAAUUGCUGGAUAAUUUUAACGAACUUACCAGCCAAUUGAAGUCUGGCUUACAUCUUGCUGCAUAUGAGAUCUUGUACAUUAGCCUGACAAAUCUGAAAGGUUCCACUGUGGCUCCACCCACUACGGUUGAGACGCAAGUUCUUUUGGCAGUGGGAAUUAAUCCCUCAAAAUCAAGGUUAAAGCAGUUGGCUAUAACCAUCACCAAUCCUCAUUCCAAAAAUCUUGGACUGAAUAACACUGUAUUUGGCCGGGUUAAGCAAGUUCGUCUUUCUUCUAUGCCCCUCGUCACUGAUACCUCACCAUCACCAUCUCCAUCUCCAUCUCCUGCUCCUCUGUCACCAUCCAAACACCACCACCAUGACGAUGCUAGUCUUGCUCCCGGUAUUUCACCUGCACCAUCAAUGGGCAAAAGUGGAUCUGUAACUGGAAAAGGAUCAUUAGCGCCUGUGCCCGCGCCUGCACCUGCACCAGGGAAUAGUCAAGUUGUGAAGCCUCCUGGUUGUCAUUUUGGAUACAAAAAUAGGUUUCCCCGGAAACCCAAUGAGCAUUAUUAUAGUACACCUACAGCAUCUCCAGUUUAUGCACCACACGUUGCUCCUUCGCAACCGCCUCAGCAAUCUAAUCCUCAUAAACCUGAUUUGCCUCCACUUCCUGCUGCAAGCCCAUUAUCAAGUGUAGCUUAUGAUCAUAUUCACCCCCCGUCAAAGGAUGAUUAUGCAGGGCCUCGAGAUGUAAUGCCAUUAGUUUCACCCGCACUGUCUCCAUCCUCUGCAGGUACCUUUUCGUCUAAUUUAUGGGCCUUUCUGCUGUUUCUACUUUUAAUGCAUUUGUGGCAGCAGAGAAUGUGAAACAUUUGUGGUAAUACUGUUCAAAAACUGUGAAUUCAACUGAAUUAAGCAGAGGAACGGUAGGAAUUAAGAAUUUUGUAAGUGGGAGCAAUACUGAAAGGGCGCAACUCAAAAGUGAGUAAGAAAAUAUAUACUGUCUUGGCCAUGCAAAUAUUUGUUUGUAUUUUCAGCGGCUAGAAGCAUUCUGGCCAAAGUCACAGAGGUGACGGGCCUGUGAUGACAUGUUUCGCCGCUCCGUUGUGUAUGUUAUCUCUUCUACAAAAAUCGGAGGGAAAAUUGUAAUACAGCAAUUUUUUGUUUCUGUUC